AUGUUCAGUCAAGUGGACUUGUAUGUAAACCAAAAAUUGGUUUCACCACAAAAUAAUACUUACGCUUACCGUUCGUACAUUGAAACACUACUCAACUAUGAUAGCAGUGCUAAAGACUCACAUCUAUCCUGUGCUCUGUGGUAUGAUGACAAGUCUGGUGAAAUGGAUGAUUGUGAAAGUAAAAAUACAGGUUUGGAAAAUCGCAGAUAUUUUACAAAGUCAAGCAAUGUUGUAGAUAUGGUUGGUCAUUUGCAUGUGGAUUUAUUCAAUCAGGAAAAAUUUUUACUUAAUGGUGUGGAACUGCGUUUACGUCUAGUGAGAUCAAGAGAUUCGUUCUGCCUAAUGUCCAAAACAGAGAAGUACAAAGUCAAGAUUGUUGAAGCAAAUCUUUUGAUACGUAAAAAUAAAAUAAAUCCUACAGUGUUGUUGGCUCACAGCAAGACCCUGGAAAGUGGAACAGCCAAGUACCCAAUAACAAGAGUUGAAGUGAAAGCUAUGACCAUACCCUCAGGCAUCCAAGGCAAGACAUUGGACAAUGUUUUUCUGGGCCAGCUACCAAAAAGAAUAAUUGUUGGUUUAGUGAGCAACAAAGCAUUUAACGGUGAUUUCAAAUCAAACCCAUUUAAUUUCCAAUCCUACAAGGUGAACUUCUUCUCACUCUACGUUGAUGGAGUCCAGAUACCCUCCAAGCCGCUGCAACCAGAGUACUCUGAGAAUAAGGAAUUGUCUGUUAUGGCCUAUCACACAUUGUUCAGUGGGACUGGAAUACACUUUCUAAACAUGGGUAACAGCAUUACUCGCAGUGAUUACUCUCAAGGCAACUGUUUGAUGGCAUUUGACCUAACAGCGGACUUAUCAGCUAACGCCACCACUCACUGGAACCUCAUUCGACAUGGUAGUUUAAGGAUCGAACUUGGAUUCUCCGAAGCUCUAACUGAAACCAUCAAUUGUAUCGUUUACGCAGAGUUUGACAACAUCAUUGAAAUUGACAAAAAUAGAAAUGUAACUGUUGACUAUGGGAGUUAA